CCCGAGCUGACUGUUGACGUGAGUGUGGCGUUAUGACGGCAUGUAGCUCUCCUUACGUUAUCUGACCACUCCAAUGGACAUGUAAUUGUAACAGCAGUCAGAGUCAGCGGCAGCGUCGCUGUAUUUCGAUACACAAAUUUAACGCUUGUUGGUGUAUUAGCAGUACUUUGUCCUGGGCAAUGUCUAUAGCUGCAGCAGACAUCACGGCUGAAACUGCGUGUCAUUUUGCUAAAGUUGCUAACCGUUAGCUUUUAGUUCAGUUUUAGUCUAUCCAAACCGUUGUAGCACACAAGCUAGCUAAUGUCUCGUGCGCUGACUAGCUUUAAAGGGCUGUUAGCAUCAUCACCACGACAACCGGCUGCAUCCUUCCCAGCCGGCCGACUGAUGGAAGGCUGAGGGGAACCAUGCUGAGAUUCCUCCAUAUCCUUUUAACAGGCCUUUUAGGUGUUCUGUGGGAUGGAGUUGAUGCUUUUGGAGGGGUCAGGCUAGUAGAUGGGGAGACCAAAUGCUCCGGCAGAGUUGAGGUGCGCCGCCAUGACCGAUGGGGGACUGUUUGUGACCAUGGCUGGGAUCUGCGAGAGGCUGAUGUGGUGUGCCUGGAGCUGGGCUGUGGCUUAGCUGAAUCUGCCCAUCAUGGUGCUUCAUUUGGUCCAGGCAAGGGAGAGAUAUGGCUGCGUCAUGUCCAAUGCUCUGGACAUGAGUCCAGUUUGACUCGCUGUGCGGUUGUUCUCCACAGUGACUCCCAAUGCACCCAUGAGAAUGACGCAGGGGUGAAAUGCUCAGGAACUCUUUUAAUGCCCACACUCACUCUGCUGUCACCUCACACUGUGUUCUCUCGCGGGGAGGCUGUUCGCUUCAGCUGCAGUGUCCUGCUGGGACAUCACCUCAGUGACUUCCACCUGUACAAGCAUGGAGUGUCCACUCCGCUUGUUACACAGAGAGCGGACCAGACCCAGAUUGGAGUGGAGCUCACACUGUCUGACAUUGAGACUUUCCACCAGGGCAGCUACAGUUGUCGAUAUAGGAUCAAGGGUGGCUUCCCUUCUCAGCUUCUCAGCUCUCCUCCCAGCAACUCCAUCAACAUCACAGUGGUGGAACUCCUGACGCCUCAGCACUGGUACAACACGUCGGCUGAGGCUCCCCCUGGUUCCGUCCUUAAAGGCCACAGCUUUAACAUCACCUGCUCCACCCUGCAGCAGUAUCCUGGAGGCUCCUUUCAACUUCGUCUGAUCCGUUCUAAUGGCACAGUGCGCCAGUCUCUGCCUGCUCUCACCCCGUCCGUCACUUUUACCUUCUCAAACGCACAGAGCUCCAACGAGGGCUACUACUACUGCCUGUACCGGGUGCAGCUGGGUGGACGCACCUUUGUCUCCAGAGAGAGCCAACCCCUGCCUAUAGCCAUUAGAGACCCAGAUCCAGUACUGAGUCCAAUGGUGAUCAGCUGGCUUGUGUCUGGAAUAACGUUCGUCGUAGCUGUCAUUAUUAUCAUCAUUGUAGCUAAGGUGCUGUGUAACAAAGAGAAGAAGCCUUCUGAGCUGGAGAGAGAGACCAGAACCUGUGUGGACAACACUUAUGUUGCCUUAUCAAUUAACAAGUUAUGACCAGGUCUGCAGGCAAAGGACACCUAAAGGAGGCUAGCUGUGUGUCCAUUGUGGAUUCAUUCAGAAGCUGACGUAGCCCUGAACAAAACGGCUCAGCCAGUUCUUCCUCACAUCUCUGGAUAAGACAUCUCUAGGACCUCCUGCAGUACAGUAAAGAUGAAGAACACUUUUAACUGGACUCUAAUGCUAACCCAUCCAAGACUGUGCUGUAAUAUUCUAGUGUUCCUGGUGGAAAACAAGGUUUUCUUUCUUUCCAGGCUUUCAGAACUGUAAUACAGUGAGAUGUUAAUUCUUCGUUCGAGAUGAGAGUGCCAAGAACAGCUGUGCUUGCUGUUAUAAUUUUCAAGUAGUUAUCUUGAGAUCUCAGUUUGUUAAUUUAACUGUAAUGAAAAAAGAAUCAAAACAAUUUAUCACAAAAAAGUUGACCUUUUCUCAACAUCAAAGGGUGAUUAUGUGAAACGAGGUAUGAAGUACAGUUUUCUCUUUGAUAUCAGAGCUUUUCCUUGGUUGGAGAGGGCAGAUUUAAUUUUACUUCUUAAAAAUUGUGCCUGUAGUAGACCUUGUUUGUAUUCAUAAUCCAUAUAACAUAGGGAUCAGUUAAUAUUACUCCUUAAUGACUUUCUCAGACUGAAUCCAUUGCUACUGCGUAGCUGGCAGACACCUUGUUAGUAUUGUGGCAUGAUGGUUCUCCUGAUAGAUAUUACUAGUAAUGAGAGAAAACAUCCUCAGGUUUUCCUGUGAAAUUAGUUGGUAUCGUGUUUUGUGAUAGCAUUAAAAAUUAACUGGUGUUCUCAAGAUAACAGCAUAGUUUAAAAAAGUAAGCACAGCUGUUUUUGACUGACCAACACUACAAACAUUUCCUUCUUAAAGUCCAUUUAAGACUGACUUUAAGUUGACCUGAAGACUGCCCUGACCCUGGGUGAGUGAAAAACAACCAUAAAAAGUUACAACUGUGGACACUGACUCUGGUUCCUCAGGUCUCUGUGUGUAUAUGCAGUUAAAACAUUAUUUUUAUUUAUUACCCAGUGACAGAAAUGUUAAGUUCCUCUAGCUUAUUACUAUGUAUUAUCUUCUACAGAUCAAUGAUCCUUAAAGGAUUAGAUGUUUUUGUAUUUUAUGUCUUACCCUACUAUGCAUCUUAAGUCAUUUACAUUAUGUAAAGUAUUGCACUUAAAAAGUGUAAGUAGAAGAUGUAGUUGAUUAAAAUGCUGCUGUUAUCGAA